GCCUGCGAGAGGCCGGACUUGCCCGGUAAUGGCCACGUUUUUCGGGGAGGUUGUGUCCGUCUUUUCGCGGGCGGUGGAGGAGGAGGAGGAGGAGGAAGAUGAGGAGAUCAGAAGGGAGUUGGCCGGAUGCAGAGAUAUUUCCAUCCAGUGGGGUUCAGAGAGCAGGACAUCGACCGAAGACACAGCCAGUCUGAGUUUCCCUUGCUCAGCUUUUCUCGUUGCUGUUGGAGAUAAUGCAGUUGGGUUUCUGAACUCCUUCGUACAGUGCUGUGGGAGUUGGGAAGUUAUUGGAGCUGUUACAUUGUGGAACGAACAAGUUAAGAGAAAAAAUACUUUGGAUAAGCAGUUUCCACCAGAUUCAUCAUGCCUUCUCUACCGACUGACAUCUAAUCCAACGAUUCUGACCUGCCAGUGUAACUGCUACGUGGCUGAGGAUCAGCUCUUCCAGUGGGCUGAGAAGGUUUUUGAAAAGAUCCAGAGCAGAAACCUAAAUGUCAUAGUGCUGUCAAGUUCUUCUGUUACUGAAUAUAAAUCAUCCAGGUCCAUUCCCAGCAUCCCUGUACCUUUCCUUCGAGCCCUGAAGACAAAUGCACUGCAGGAGACUCUCCACUGCCAGUUACUAGAACAGCCCAAUGUAAUUUCUGGGCUCCCAGCAGCAGUUCUGACCUACUGUCAGGUUCGACAGAUACCUGCUGUACUCUACCAUUGCUACAGUGACAUUACAAAACUAGAUACUUUGACAAUAGAAGCCUUUAAGCCAGUGCUUGCAUGUAGGAGCUUGCAUUCUUUGGUAAAGGAUACUUCACGAAGUGCAGAAAUACUGAAACAGCUAGUUGAUGCCAACAAGAUCCAGAGCAACCUGUAUACAUGAAACUGUAACAAUUCCUAAUUACUUUGUAAAUUAAUGCUGGAGUGGAUUCCAGAAGGACAUUAUUUGCUACCUGGCUUUAGUGAUGUUUUAUUAAAUAUUGAAAUAAUAAACCACAGCAGUUUUGUUCAACAAUGUUUUAAAGUAUUUUGAUAAACUGUGAUAAGUACUGUAAAUCCUGUCAGUUUAUUUCUUUAAUUUUGUCCAUGAAGUUUUUUUUCUUGCAGUAUUUGCUUAUUUCUAAGCUCUGAAAUCUAGCCUAGUCAUUUUGCUAAAUGGUCCUAUAUGUUGGUCAGUUGUUAAACUAUGCAGAGAAAAAGGUGCCUUAGUUUUUCUUUUAGAUCAUUGGCCUGUUAUUUGCAAGAGUGGUAGGAGGAAGGGGAAGAGAGAGCACUUUCACAUAUCCCAAAUUUUUAAAAACAGUGACCAUUUGCAAAUUAGAAGGAUCUGUCCAUGUUAACUUUCCGCCUUGGAUCUGCUGUUGAUUAAACUAAAAAUCGUCCGCGCACCAUCGAAUGAUUACGCAGCUGUAUCCACACAAGUUAUUUGAUGAUGAAAGAUAAAAUGGCUGGAUAUUGAGAAAUAAAAUGCUGGAAAUUUACUGCUGGUCCCUCGGUGAUUGUAAAGAGGAAAGAUGCUUUGGGCACAGGUCGUUUAUCAGAAUGAAUUUAAAAAACUAGCUGCUUUGGGCUGGCAUCCAGGGACAACAGGAAGGUGAUUCCAUGUGUGCACGAGCACUCCGCUGACAAUUAAACCUGUGUGAGAAUUUCCACUUCCCUCAGAUCAGUCUGUAUCCACAUUGCUGCAGCUCCACACCAAUAACUAAUACCUUUAGUAUUGAGGAUGCUUUCUUUUGAAGUAUUUGGGAGGAAAUACUCUGUAUUGGAAUUGCUUCCGGAGGACAUCCUUGCCUUUAAACUACCAGUGGCUGAACAGAAAACUAUCUAAUCCUCCUCCCACUUUUGUCUGCAAAAGCUGUUUUAAGUCAGGAAACUGAUUCCAAAAACUGAUGAAACGUUCCUUUGGUGUUAAAGGUGGAGAGAAGGAAAUAUUACAUCACUGGAAAUAAAUUGAAAGCAAGACGAAAGGAAACAGGUGAAGAUGCAGCGAUGGAGGGAAUGUACAUCCUGUGCUGGUUUGCAUAUGGCCAAUUGCUUUGGCAAUAUCUUCUGCAGGAUGUCACUGUGCCGUUACCCUUGUGGUGUCAGCCUUAUCUCCCCAGUUAACUAUAGAUUGUGAGUCAGCGGGGUUUCUACCUUCAAGCCAGGUAGAAACGCCGCUGACUCACAAUCUAUAGUUCAACUGGGGCACAUCAUCUGGAUUGUAUUUCAAAGGGGAUGCCUUCUAGAUGAGGUGUAAAAAAAAUAAUUAGGCUUCAUCUGUCUUCUGACAACAGGGGAGUUAUGCUGUAUUGGUCAAUGUUUUAGCCUCAACCAAUCUAAUUGCUCUUUUGGGAGCCUAUUUGCAAAUGGGUGCUGUGAAUGUAAGCACUUGAGCACUUAAUUGCAAACUUAUUCAUGUGAGAUUGCAGGACAGAAAGAAGAAGUGUGAAAUAUAGGCAGAAAGUUUGUCGCAAGAAGAUAAGAGAAGUCAUCUGGGCUGUACUCCGAGCAAUUAGUGUUAGAACCUACUCUUCAAACCAGGGUAGCCUAGUGCUGCUGCUUCAUAGCUCGAGGGACCCAGGCACCAUCUAACUUUGGGUGUUGUCUGCACAGAGCUUGCAUGUUCUCCUGGGUGCUCUGGUUUCCUCCCGCAUCCUAAAGCUGUGUUGGUAGGUUCAUUGACUACUGUAAGUUAGCCCUUGUGUAGUUAAGUAGCAAAGGAAUCAAAGAGAAGUUUCAUAGGCCUGGACAUAAGGAGAGGGGAAAUGGGACUGAUGGUAUUGUUCUGUGAGCUGGCAUGGAUCCAAUGGGCCAAAGGGCCUGUGUCAUAACAAAACAAAAUAAGUAAAUAACCCUGGCUUCAUGCUUCUUGUCUGGGGAUGUUUUACUUUCUGAAAAGACCACAGAAGGAAAUACUAAGAAAAUACUUGCAAGUAAAUUGAAAGAUACUUGAGUUCCUGGUUAACUAGGAGACUGGAGCAUGUGCAGUGGAGUUUUUUUCAAUGAUGGUCAUGCAAAACCUUUCUUAUGAAAGGUUAUCAAUGUAAAGUAUUACCUUUCUUUCCACAGAUGCUGCUUGACCUGCUGAGGAUUUCCAGCAAUUUAUUUAAAACAGUAGAUUUGUUACAUCUGUAAAUAGCAGCAUGCAGAAAUCACAAAACACAGAUAUGCAUUUAUAUGUCUACAUCUGUGGUGACUAUGGGAGAGUGUUGCUACAGGCUGUAAAUUAUAUGGAAUUAUUAA